AUGCACAAAUGUAGUGUACGAAUUCUUACAGAAGUUAUGCUUUCUGAAGUUGAAACGGAAUUUUCUGUACGCAUGACUAUUAAAGGUAAUUAUAUUCUACUAAACAUUAUUCGAGAAACAUUUGCAUUAUCUCGAAUUAAUUUAAAUAGAGAAGCCCAUGAUCUUGCAAUUACAAGCCAUCGAGCAGACAAGCGAACAAUGAAAGAAAUAAAAAUGAAGCUUCUUGCACCACAUAAUGAUAUUUCACAAAAUGAACUUGAAUGUUUGUAUAGUGGCCAAAAUUCAAUAUGUGAUGAUGUGAAGCUUCGUCAGCUUAUUGAAAGAGAUAGCUUACAUGCAAGAAAAAAUGUAGUAGUUAAGGAUAAUGCAGGUUAUGGAACUCCAAUUGCAAUUGGGUUAUCAAAUAAAGAAAAUAACCAUACAAUUAGACUUGCUGUAGAAGCUGUUCAACAAAAUAUUCCAUGUAAUAAAAUUGAUUGCAUGCAUGAAUAUAAAUAUGUGGAUCUACCAAAUAAAAGAAUGAAUAAGUCAGUUGAAGGCCGAUGUGUAGGUACUCAGCCAGUUAACUGCUUUAUUAAAAGAUUAUAUGGUAUUACUUUAACAUGGGACAAUAUUAUUAAAGAAACCUCUUCACAGUUGGUAUUUGAAGCAGUUAAACCUGCGAUUGAAGGAUCAGAUAUAUAUUUUUAUGUAAAAAAAGGAAAUGGUGGAUUUAGAUCCCCAUACACUAUGCGAAGAAUUAGUAUUAAUGACAAAUCAAGCAAAUUACUUCAACCAAUAUUAAAUGAACUUGCAUCUAAACAUCCUGUUGCAGAGCAAAAAGAUUACUAUCUUGUUAAUAUUUUUACAGAGGAAUCAUGGUUGUUUAAUGAGGUUGAAGAUAAUAAAAUUACACUGGAUAUUAUUAAAAAUAAUCUUGUGCAAUAUUUCCGCAAUAAAGAACACACAAUGCCAAAAAAGCAAAAAAAUCAGAUUAUAUAUAGUGGCUCAACUGAUACUGCAUUGAAAGAGAUUCUUUAUAUUUAUUCAAUACAAGGUAAUGAUAUUUUUUUCCCCUAUAAAUGUGAAGCUACAGAAAGAAACCCAUUUCAGCCUGCUGAGAUGCCUACACGAAGAACUUUAAAUGUUGGUACUCCUAAAAUUCAUGAAUUAUCAGCUGUAUUUGUAUUGGACCAAACUUUGCUAUGUAAUCUGGAAGAGCAAUCAAAUUUAUUGUCUCCGUCAAUUCAAAAACGAAGAACAGCUGUGAUUCACAAUCGAAAACGUAGUGUUUCAAGAAGACAGUCUGUUCAAUGUGAAGAUAGCAUUAAUGCAGUGUUAUUCAACAAAGAUAUUACACGAUCCAAACUUGAAAGGCUUUUUGAAGAGAAGCAGACUGGUUGGAAGUGA